CAAACUACAUCUGUUCUUCGCAGCGAAAAAAUCUCUCAGAGAAGCGCGGCAUGGCAGCUGCAAGCGCGGCUGGUGUGGCCGGGGACACCAAGGUGUACACCGGCAAGCUUACCCUCUACGUCCUCCUCCCUUGUGGCGUCGCGGCGACUGGCGGCCUCAUCAUCGGCUAUGACAUCGGCAUCUCUGGUGGUGUAACAUCAAUGGACAUGUUCCUCGAGAAGUUCUUCCCCUCAGUGCUCCACCAUGAACAGACGGCGCAGGGCACCAGCCAGUACUGCAAGUUCAACAGCCAGCCGCUGACUGCGUUCACGUCAUCUCUGUACCUCGCCGCGCUCAUCGCCUCCUUGUUCGUUGCGUCCUUCACACUCGCGAUGGGGAGGAAGUGGUCCAUGUUCGGUGGCGGGGUCUCUUUUCUUGCCGGCGCCACCCUCAACGGCGCCGCGCAGAACAUUGCCAUGCUCGUUGCUGGCCGCGUCCUCCUGGGCAUCGGUGUGGCCUUCGCUGGUCUGUCCAUUCCGAUAUACUUGUCUGAGCUUGCACCACCACGGCUCCGUGGCAUGCUCAACAUCGUCCUCCAGCUGAUGAUCACUGUGGGAAUCUUCUCUGCGAAUCUCGUUAACUUUGGUGCAGCCAAGAUCAAGGGUGGCUGGGGGUGGCGUCUCAGCCUCGGCCUAGCUGCCGUCCCGGCAUGCGCCAUCACCGUGGGCUCGAUCUUUCUCCCCGACUCGCCAAACUCUCUCAUCAACAGUGGACGCCACGAAGAGGCGCGACGGGUGCUCUGUCGCAUCCGUGGCACUGACGAGGUGGACGACGAGUAUGCUGAUCUCGUGGCUGCAAGCGAGGUUGCCUUCUCCGUGGAACGGCCGUGGCGAGAAAUCUUGCGGCGCAGGUACCGACCACAGGUCACCAUGGCCAUCCUCAUCCCCAUCUUCCAGCAGCUCACCGGAAUCAAUGCCAUCAUGUUCUACGCGCCCGUGCUGUUUAAGACGAUCGGGCUCGGAGGAGACGCGUCGCUUAUGUCGGCGGUGAUCACGGGGCUGGUGAAUAUCGUUGCCACGUUCGUGUCCAUCGCCGCUGUGGACAGCCACGGCCGACGCAAGCUCUUGUUUCAGGGAGGCUGCCAGAUGCUUAUCUGCCAGGUUAUCACUGGAACGCUGAUCGGUGUCACGUUUGGAACGAGCGGGGAUGACAGCAUCUCGAAGGCAUUCGCGGUCUGCGUCGUCGUGUUCAUCUGUGUGUACGUCUCUGGCUUCGCUUGGUCAUGGGGCCCGCUUGGUGUACUCUUGCCGAGCGAGAUCUUCCCACUCGAGAUCCGGCCGAUGGGGCAGAGCAUCAGCGUGGCGGUGAACAUGCUGUGCACGUUCGCUGUCGCAGAGGCCUUCCUUCCAAUGCUCUGCCGCAUGAGAUUCGGCCUCUUCUACUUCUUCAGCGGAUGGGUUCUUGUGAUGACAUUGUUCAUUGCGCUCUUCCUGCCAGAGACGAAGGGCGUGCCGAUCGAGAAGAUGACCGUAGUGUGGGAAACACAUUGGUUUUGGGGUAAAUUCUUGAAGAACGAGGGCGCACAUGUUGAAGUGGCAGACAGCAAAGUUCAAAUGCACAAUGGCACUGCUGUCUGAUUU